CCACGUUUUCAAUAUGGCGGAGCAAGAUUUGACUUCAAAAGUUGGGUGUUAUUUGGACAGACAUUUAGUGUUCCCUUUGAUGGAAUUUUUAUCCGUUAAAGUGGUAAGUUGGUUUGCUAAGGUACUGUUGUGUUAUCUCUAUAUGUUUAAAUGUAUCGUACUGUACAGGAAUUGUAAGUAUUUGAAUGUUCAUUCAUGAAAUUUUGUUCUAAUAUUAGAAUAUAUAUAUUUACUAUAUAUAUGAAUAUUUUUUUCGUAUUUUACUCGAGGUAUAUGAUGAAACAGAAGUGUUACAAGGGAUCCUUGAACUUCUUAACAACACAAAAAUGGUGAGUUUUAAUAUAAUAGUUUUUCUUGUGGAUUUAAAAAUUAUUGACAAAUAAAAUUUUGUCUGGCAAUGUUUCGGUUGUCAUCUUGCGAAGUGAAGUAAACACAAUCGAGUAACAACACUAUGACCCUAACAACAAGUAUUAUUGUUGGAGACGAGGCGACAGUUUGGCCUUGUGUUUGCCCCACUUUCAAGAUUGUAUCAUGAAACACCAACUAGAGGUCGGCUAGUGUGGAAAGUUUGUUUUCGCGUAACCGAGAUAUUGGGUGCGCAAUUUUGAUGCUUUCUAUAUAUUUACUAUUAAAUUUUCGAAAUCUCGGUUGUGCAAUUUCAAAAUUUUCCAGCCUGCGGAGUCUGUGUGUUCAGGAUCGGUUGUUUUCAGGGGAUGGUCUUGUUUAAAACUUUGAGCAAUACUUCUCAAAUUCGUUAAUAAUUCAUGAGCAAUUCAGCCAAUGAUAAUCGCCUAUUUGGUCACAAGAUGCCAUUUGGAUAACCCGGUGAAACUUGAUGAAAGUCACUACUGUUUUCAUCAAAUAUCAUAAUUAUGCAUGCAAAAUUACUUGAAUAGAAUUCCUAAUUACGUUAUGCUUGGUUAAGAAUUCUAUUCAAAUCAGCAAACAAAAACAUUCUGUUACGUCUCGAUUCAUUUGAGAAGCCAUAUAAACAACUCAAGCUCAUGUCUCACCGGGAUAUCCAAAUACUCGAAAACAAUGUCUCGCUCUCGUUGUUCAUAUAUUACAAGAAGAUCUAGAUCUUUCCCUAAGCAUUUUAUAUUUAUAAGAACUGAACUGUUUUGUCAGGUGGAUCUUGCUAUGGACGUGUUUAAAAGAAUUCACCCAGACGAAGAAAUUCCUGAAGGUUCGUUACAAAGUUUUGCCACUUAGAAGAUUAACAGAAUGUGUGGGCAGAUUAAUGAUCAAUCCAUUGAGUGCCAGCAUUUAAAUGAAUGAGUAAAACCAUCUGGCGUUAGACUGAGAGUAAUAUAAUAAUGUAGGGAACAUUAGCACAGUUUGGAUGAAUUUCAUGUUGUAUGUUGUUGCUAUUUUCUGUUUGUUGCCGUCACGAGGCCUUGUUUUGGUGAAUUUUGUCAUCUUAGGACUAAUUGAGAAACGAGCAGAAGUAGUGAAGGAAUUGAAACAACUGGAGGAGAAAUCUGAACCUGUCACAAAAUUAUUUCAGGAUGAGGAAUUUCUAGAAAAAGCACAAACUAGCAGGUUUGAAUGUCAUGCCUUUCUAUUUAGAUUUUGUAUGCAGCCAAUUCAAUAAAGCUUGUCCAUUGCAAACUUUAAACUCUAAACCUUAAACCACUCUAAUACUACAAAGCAUAAUGUGAACAUCAUUUAAUCAGUUUGGAAGUCAUAUAUGGGGCCCAUUUCUUAUAGACAUGGUAAAUAUCUCCUUACGAGAACAAUUCAUUCACAAAUAGCUGCAAUAUUCAACUACUAAGCUUGAAACUUGUGCUCUCAUUAAGGCUUGGCGUGACCAUUAUUUAAGAUGGUCGAAUCUGCAUACGUUAUCUUUUGUUUAUACAGUUUAUAUCAGCUUUUUACACAUAGGCAUGACUAAUAUCUUGAUUUCAUUCUCAUUGUGUUUAGAGAUGGGAAGCAUUUAUUUGAAUAUAUACAGAAAGAAAAGGGUGUAAGUAAUUCAUUGCUUGAACAUGAAAUUGCUCACGGACAGAUUUAUACUAGAGCCUUGUAGGGAUGCACCGGAACCGGUUUUUUAAGUUCCGGCCGGAACCGGAUCCGACCGGAACUGGAAAAAAGUUCCGGCUGGAAGUUCCGGCCGGAACCGGAACUAAUUUAUUAAGCCAUAUAUAGUCAUAUGUUACUUUGUCCACUGCCAGACAAGCAGACACUUCAAAUCAUCAAGUAGAGAGUUUGCAAAUGUCAGAAUAAAAAGACUGACAAACUUUAAACGUCAUAAUGAAGUGUUAAUAGUGUACAUUUCCCUUGCGUAGUCCAACUUUCUUCCUACUGUGACCUUUUGUUAGACACAAAAACGUUUGAUAUUCUAUCUCUUUGAAAACGACAGAGUUCCGGUUCCGGCUAUGCUUUUUUUACUAGUUCCGGCCGGAACCGGAACUCUAAAAAAUCGGUGUUCCGGCCGGAACUAACUGGCCGGAACCGAGUUCCGUUGCACCCCUAGAGCCUUGAGGGAGCUUCUGUGGCAUCGUCAUCAGCGCAAGCCCCUUUCACCUCCGAGAUUGUCGGUUUGAUUCUUGCUGCAGACUUGUGUAAAGAGAGUCAGUCAGACUCAAUGCUCUGCGCCGAAAGUCGUGGGUUUUCUCCACGGGCACUCUGGUUUCGUCCAACAUGGAAAGUUGACAGGGUGUGUUAGGAUAAACACGGUUAAUUAAGAAAGCAAUCACAAUCAUUGUAAAGACAAAAUAGUCUGGGCUGGGUAUGUAAUUAUAGGGAAGCGCAAUACUUCAAUACUUGAUGGAAAGUACAUUUGAUCAUUCUGUGCUGAGUGGUUAUAUUACUACCUUAAAAAACAAGCAGAAACUCGACGUUUCGAGCGAAGGCCCUUCGUUUAAAUUUGUGCUUUUAAAUUUGCGCUAUAUAAAUGUUAAUCAUAAUCUUUUUUAAUCUUAAGUUUCCAUAACUCUCACUGUUGCAAAUUACAAUAAAAACAGGACACUCAACCAAUUACAACUAGACAAUGAACUAAUACACUAAAAUGCACAUAAUUCUUCAACAAACACCUAUACACGAUAGUCCUGAAUGUGGACAGGCUGGUGGCAAACUCGUGGUAUUCAAAAGCUAUCGGGGAACCAUUAGCCUGUAUGGCUAGGGGACCACCGGGGUGCUUUACCAUUUUCCUAAUGUUUCAAAUUUUGAAAUAUCCAGUCAGGAUACAGUCAUUCACAGUUUGGUAUCUGAAACCAAGAUUUGUGAAUAUCGAGAGACUGUAAAUUUCAGAUCCUGCUUAACACAAAAGCUUUUUGAUUUUUUGAUUUUUUUUCAGCAUUUUGAUUUUUUGAUUGUGAAAAUGUUCUUGUGUUUGUUAUCAGGUUGAAUACGAGACAGUUGAGAACCUCUAUCACUAUUCCAAGUUUCAAUACGAGUGUGGCAAUUAUCAAAGUGCAGCUGAUAACCUUUACUUUUACAGAGUAUUGGUAAGUUAUGAAAGUAGUUUCAUAUUAUACUCGCACUGCUUAGUACAAUGAAAAAAUUGUUGCCCUUAUUACAAGUUAUCUUUGCAUGUUUUAAAAAAUUGCAAUAUAGAUAUAGACAGUAAAAAAUGAUUAAGUAAGAUACUUUUGAGUAAGAGAAUUUUUGUCCAGAGGUUUGUAGCCCUCAGUAUAUAUGAUGACAGAAAAACUGAAUUUGGGUGAUUGUUAUAUUUUUCUCCAUAGGCACAUCAUACAGAACCAAAGACUGUGGACGCUCUCUGGGGAAAACUUGCUUCAGAGAUUCUGAUGCAGAAUUGGGAUGCAGCUCUCACAGAUCUGGAUUUACUGAAAGAAAAUGUUGAUCAAAAUGUAAUCAUUCUUAUGGCGUACCUACUUAAGACCUAACCAUGCAUGGAAACAUGCCAUAAAUUAACCCCCACAUUGAAUUGAUGCCCCUGACAUUCUAAUGCAGUGCCCUGACUAAUGACUACUGAAAAACUGUACCAGGGGAUAAUCUUCAGUUUGCAGACUUGGACUACAACUACCUAAAAAAUAAGACAAAUUUCCUGCAAACCAGCUGAGCAUUUUUGUGCUAAAUCUGUACCUAAACAUAUUGUCCUAGUUGACGAUAGUUUUAGAUUCAGGGAAAGAUAUCGACCUUCAAAAUUUCAAGUUGCAAAUCUUUCUGUUUAACCUUUCCUGAGAGCAACACUCGUGUGCUCGACUACAGUAUUUUAUCCACCGCUGACCUGUCACCAAGCAUUCAAGACUUCUUCAAUUUUUCCUCUAGCAUUAUCCUGAACUGCAGCAGCUUCAGUUAAGAACGUGGCUUAUCCAUUGGAGUCUUUUUGUGUACUUCAACCACCCCAAAGGACGAGAUCUUUUAAUUGAUCUGUUUCUAUACCAACCAAAGUAUGUAUCAUCAGCCACUAUACCUUUCUGAAAAGUAUAUCACCUUGGCUAUAGAGCUUCGUGUAUGUGGCAUUUGUCAAAGCCUAACGUCUGUCCCAAGGUGACAUAUUUUCUGGAAGCGUUGAGAUAUUCAAAUGCUCAUUGCAAAUCUUGACAUCUCACAUGGUCAGGACAAAUAGAAUUUACUUUAUACUGGAUAGCUCUAUCAGUUCAAAACUCUUCUCCCUAGAGGUCAAGUAAGGAUCAUUUCUUAUUGAUCCAGUGUUACUACAGGAGGAAACCUAAACUAAACUAACUUUAUUUAUACUGGAUAGCUCUAUCAGUUCAAAACUCUUCUCCCUAGAGGUCAAGUAAGGAUCAUCUCUUAUUGAUCCAGUGUUACGACAGGAAGAAACCUAAACUAAACUAACUUUAUUUAUACUAGAUAGCUCUAUCGGUUCUAAACUGUUUUCCCUAGAGGUCCAGUAAGGAUCAUCUCUUAUUGAUCCAGUAUACUACAGGAGGAAACCUAAACUAAACUAACUUUAUUUAUACUGGAUAGGUAUAUCAGUUCUAAACUGUUCUCCCUAGAGAUCCUGUAAGGAUCAUCUCUUAUUGAUCCAGUAUUACUACAGGAGGAAACCUAAACUGAACUAAUGUUAUUUAUACUGGAUACCAACGCGAUACGUAAAAUAAAAGAAAACCUUUUAUUCUAGAUAUCUUAACGCGAUUCAAACAAUGUGCCCGCAUAUUCUACGAUACCUUACGACAGCGGUAAUCACCACCAAGAGACGUCGUGUAGUUCUAAAAGAUCUGGUCAAAGUGAUUGAACAAGAGUCGUAUACGUACAAGGAUCCUAUCACCGAGUUCUUGCAAUGUCUCUAUGUCGAUUUUGAUUUUGAUGGCGCGCAGAAGAAACUCAGAGAAUGUGAAGCGGUGAGUCUAGUGUCCCGUGAACAUACCGUAUUUAAAUCAUUACAGUAGUUGAAGGGUCUUCUAGAAUAAGAUAUAUGAACAACUUGGGAAAGUUUCUUGCCUUUUAUGUUAUGUUUUGUAAAUACACCAUAUUAAAUAUAUUAACGCAAAUCUUUGUCCCACAGGUGCUGAAAAAUGAUUUCUUCUUGUGUGGCUGUAUUGAUGAAUUCCAGGAAAAUGCUCGACUUUUUAUUUUUGAAACUUUCUGCAGGAUUCAUCAGUGUAUUAGCAUCGGGUAAGAAAACACGUUCAGUCUGUGUUACAAGUCUAUUGAGUUUCCCACUCAGUGGUGACAGGAUUUCCCAACAGGCUAUUGCUCAAUUGACCAUUUGCGUAAUAGACUAAAUUUUGAUCUCAACAAGUCUAGACAAAAAUUUCAUCACAGCUUGAAAGGGCAUCACAAAAUUAGUAAUAUUCCAAAGUUUCGUUGCGAAAUGUUGUAAAAUUCGGAAAAUAUAGCCAUGCGACGUUUGCAAUUUUCAGUCAUUUUAGAUUACAGACGGGAAAUUGACAGCCUCAAAGGGUUUGGGGCUGUCAAUUUCCCGUUUGUAAUCUAAAAUGACUGAAAAUUGCAAACUUCGCAAGGCUAUAUUUUCCGCAUUUUACAACAUUUCGCAACGAAACUUUGGAAUAUUUACUAAUUUUGUGAUGCUCUUUCAAGCUCUGAUGAAAUUUUUGUUGAGAUCAAAAUUUAGUCUAUUACGCAAGUGGUCAAUUGAUAGGGGAUCCGAGGUACCUAUGAUGUAACGUCCUUAUCCGAGAAGACGCCGACAGUCUAAUCAUUUACUGAUGUCAAUGUACGUUAAAGGUAGCCUGUGCAUGGCAGGCGGUCCCUAAAAUCGGGCAAGCCUGGGUAGCUAAUGUAAAGGUAGCUCUUUCUCCUCCAUUAUUUUUCCUUGGGCAAUCUCGUUCUCCGAGCCUGCGAUCCUCGGGAAGGAACGUGAGGCUCGUAAAAUAUGCGCAUUCCAUAUCAACGGCCAAUCAGAUUCCUCCCUGAAACGGAUUAUCCCAGAGCCUCGCGUUCCUUCCCGAGGAUCGCAGGCUCGGGGAACGAGAUUGGACCUUGGGUAGAGGUCUGACCAAGGAUUAGGCCCGGCUCUCCCAGCUUGAAAGUCAAGCGUGGUGACCACGACACGUGCUGGGUUCAAGGCAGCAGAUGGUGUUGCACAGGAUCCGUCUACUACAUGAUAGUGCAAUCUUGCACCUAAUCCUGUACUCACAAAGGCAAUGUUUUCACUUUGCAGAAUGUUAGCAGAGAAGUUAGAUAUGUCUCCCGAAGAUGCUGAGCGCUGGAUUGCUAACUUGAUUAGGAAUGCCAGACUGGAUGCUAAAAUAGAUUCCGAGAAGGUAGUCAGAGUGCUUGAUUAAACUACAACUUUAUUUAUACUGGAUAGCUCUGUCAGUUCUAGACUGUUGUUCCUAGAGGUCCAGUAAGGACCAUCUCUUAUUGAUCCAGUGUUACUACAGGAGGAAACCUAAACUAAACUAACUUUAUUUAUACUGGAUAGCUCUAUCAGUUCUAAACUGUUCUUCCUUGAGGUCCAGUAAGGAUCAUCUCUUAUUGAUCAAGUGUUACUACAGGAGAAAACUUAACUAAACUAACUUUAUUUAUGCUGGCUAGUUCUAUCAGUUCUAAACUACUCUUCCUAGAGGUCCAGUAAGGAUCGUCUCUUAUUGAUCCAGUGUUACUACAAGAAGAAACACAGUACCCGGAGAAAAGCUAUGGCAUUGGUUUGAGUCAGUCCAAGAGGCAUUCACGUGUAACUGUGACAAAAUUUCAGACAACCUGAGUCGAAAUGAUUUCUUUCUUUUGUCAAGGGUCACGUGGUUAUGGGUACCCAGGCCUCCUCGGUGUAUCAACAAGUGAUGGAAAAGACAAAAGGACUUCUGUUCAAAUGUCAAGUGUUGGAACAGAAUUACGAGAAGAAAAAGAAAUCUGGGACGAGUGACAAUUAUGCAUCAAAAGUAAGGAAAUGAAUAUUAUUGGUUCCCGUCUCUCCCCAGAGCGCCUAGCGUCGCGGAAGAGAAAGGCAUGAACCAGGAUGCAUGAUCCUUUUCAUGAUCCAUCUUGAUCCUUUUCAUGAAAUAUUGUCGUCUUGUAAAUUGAAAGAAGUAGUUACAUUUGCUCCAUUUCCUGCAUUACUGACGAUUUCCUGCAUUACUGAAGCCACUACACGCGUAGAAAUCUCACAUCUUGUAGCAAGUCUGCCAACAAGCCGUCAACAAGUUGUGUUCGUACUGCUUGUCCCAAGUUGUCAACAAGUAUGUGAACAACUUGUAUAACAACCUUGUUGAUAUGAUCAGACUUGUUACAAGGUUGUUCCAACAAGUCCGAUACAGUCAUGAUAGACCAAAAUUGUUACAACCUUGUGUCGUCAACCUUGUAACAUUCUUGUUAUAUCAUGACUGUAUCAGACUUGUUAGAACAACCUUGUAACAUUCUUGUUUGUCAACAUUCUUGUUUGUCAUGACUGUAUCAGACUUGUUAGAACAACCUUGUGACAAGUCUGAUAAUGCCAUCUAGCUUGUUACAAGUUGUUUACACCUUGUUCCAAACUUGUUACAACUACUGUAGGAACAAGCGUUGCCAACACAACUUGUCGACAGCUUGUGAACAGAUUUUUAACAACUUGUUUGUGCGUUUUUAUGUGUGUACUAUUAAGAGCGAAUUUUGAAACCAGCUAUUCUUCUUUAUUUUAGGGUGGAUGGUCAAAUACUUACGAUACCUCAUUUAUGAAAAACUAAACAACUCUAUAACAUGAAGACAGUCUAUUAUAUAUUACACCAAGAAAUGAACAUUAAUACUACCUCAAUAAUAUACACCCUUUGGGAAAGUAUGUCACUUCAGCUAUCCAGCCUCGUUUUCGCGUAUAUGACAUCAGUUCAAGCCCAACAUUUGAAUCACGAAAGCGAGGCUCGUAGCGAAGGUGAUGUAGUCUCCUAAAGGGUGUAUUCGGCUAACUUACAUGAAAACAUUUCUCAGGCUACUCUGUGAACAGCGUCUUUUAGACGGACUUUAUCGAAAUUGUAAGGCUGUAAGCUGUGGUGUUGAAAUGCUGAUGAAGAAUUUAUGACUCAAUGUUCCGAGUACUAAAUGAUCCAAUAGCUUGCUUAGCAAAUGUGGUUAACGCGCUGUUCUAUUUAUUAUUGACUGAAGCCUCGCUCAAACGAGGAUGAGACAGCGGACAUUUCAAGCUCUAGAUGAAAAUAGGGUUUGGUGAGUGUUCCAACUAUGUUUUAACUUAAAUUAAAUAUAUGAUAGUGUUGGGAAAGCAUUAAGAAGAGCUAACCAAGGAAGCGUGAAUGCCAAUUCUCAUCCUGCAAUCCAGGUCAAAAACCUUGUGGACAGUACAAAAUUGUAGCAAUUUAUAUGAUAUGUUUGGAAGUAUUACAUGUAUAUCUGUCAAACCUCCGUUCCAGUCCUCUCACUUGCGAAAACGAUUUCAACAUUGUUUUGGGGCUGUGAAUUUUAAUAGCAUUGAAUUAAUUCUGCCAUACCUUACCACCUGCAUACACAUCAAGUAUUUUCAAACAGAACAAGCUCAUUAAUUCGCGCUGUGAUGUCAUGUGUUUGCUUACUGUAUCACUAUCGCGUUUGUAAAUGGCGAAGAAACCUAAUUAUGGGGAAAUCGUACAAAUUUGAAGUCGGGCCUAAUUUGGUCAUUUAAAGUGUUCUGUGCGAACAAUUAUACAAAUUUCAUGUGAAAUUUUGUUGCAUAGCCGUAGGCAUAGGCACAUUCGACAGGUUAUUAAAUAUAGAUGAGCGUCCUUGGCAAUGACACAUGUAUACGAAUAGAAUUUCAAAUGCGCAGGUAGUUCUACUUAAAUACGGGUUUCUGUUGUUUCGUAUUUAAAAACGUUUGUGCAAAGUACAUAUUUGAUGUUGUUCAAUUUGAUUAAACGGAAUAUAUAAGCUGUUUUUGUUGUGACAGGAUGUUGGAUGUCAUAUUUGCUGUCGUCGUCGUUAUUUUUGUCGGCAUUUGGGCGUGCAUACAGGCUUAUUACAUUGGAAAAUGUUUCGACGUUGGACAGCCUCAAGAAAGCAGCCACUACCAAGACUGCCUUUUAUGAAAGUUUGUUGUAUGCUUUGCUAAGGAUGUGUUUAAUUUUCGAGUAUGAGAAAACAUUAUUAGCUUGAACUUCUGAAGAACUAUUGAACAAGCACUUGACGGUUAUCAAAUAUGGUAUAUAGAAGAUGGAACGAUAACAUCGUAUUAUAUAUACUGAAUUUAUUCCAUUCCUAUAUAUGUUAUUUAUAAGUUUAAAUAACUUCGAGUCGAACUGCGUCCUUCGCAAAAAACCUUAUUCUUCAUCUGCAAAUAAGGAUAAUUAGCAUAAUAUUUACACUGAUCAUGAAAGGAUGCUACUUUAGGUGUUAUAUCCUUAAAGCGCAAGACAUCUAUUGUUAAAUUUUUAUGAAAUGAUAAAAUACGUGUAAUUUAUUAAAUAUAUUUUAAUUUUUUUCUGACUGUAGUCGCCACGGCGACCUAACUAGCGAGGAAAGAUUUGUCUUAAACCCCGAUCAAAUGAGAGUUGAGAAGCGAGAGUUUUCUCAACUCUCGUGCCCCGUCAAACGAGAACAAGAGUUGCAUGAGAGUUGAUGAGAGUUGAGAAGCGACAGUUUGCAUGAGAGUUUUCUCAACUCUCAUGCCCCGGUCAAACGAGAACAAGAGUUGCAUGAAAGUUAAUGAGAGUUGAGAAGUGAGAGUUUGCAUGUGAGGUUUCUCAACUCUCAUGCCCCGGUCAAACGAGAACAAGAGUUGCAUGAGAGUUGAUGAGAGUUGAGAAGUGAGAGUUUGCAUGUGAGGUUUCUCAACUCUCAUGCCCCGGUCAAACGAGAACAAGAGUUGCAUGAGAGUUGAUGACAGUUGAGAAGCGAGAGUUUACAUGAGAGUUUUUUCUCAACUCUCAUGCCCCAGUCAAACGAGAACAAGAGUUGCAUGAGAGUUGAUGAGAGUUGAGAAGUGAGAGUUUGCAUGUGAGGUUUCUCAACUCUCAUGCCCCGGUCAAACGAGAACAAGAGUUGCAUGAGAGUUGAUGAGAGUUGAGAAGUGAGAGUUUGCA